GAAUGAAAUAAAAAGCCCCCUAAAUUUCACCUAAUAAAUUGUAUGCAAGUCUUUUAAAAAAAAAAAAUGAAUCAGAUUCAUAAUAAAAGAUAGUGAAAUCUCCAGCGAUUCAAGGGAAUGUAUAUAUAAAUUCAUUAAGGUAUGGGAUAUAUUAGUAAAUUUAGAAAUAAUUAAGGAUAGUUAAGAGUGGAUGCAAAGAAAUCCAGACCUACAAGUGGAAAAGAUCUAAAAGAUAUAAGCACAGUGCUAUUAAAAAAAACUCAUGCCCGUUAAAAUAGUAAAAUAAUAGAGACCAAAGAGAAUUCAUAAAAUUUAACAUAAUCAGCAUUGCAAUUAUUGUAAAAAAUCAAGGCAGAACGGCCAGAUAAUAAAAUAGGUUAAAUACAAACAUCAAAAGAGAUUUUACAAUAUCAUUAGUAAUUAAUUUAAAAAUAAUAUUAAAAAUUACUUGACUUAUCAAAGUAAACAGAACAUAAUUAGUUAUAACAAUAAUAAUAACAAUAGCAAUAAAAAUAGAAAUUAUUUAAAGGACCUCGUUCAAUUAGUAAUCCUGAUAUUUCAACACUAUAAUUAUGUAUAACAAAAGCACAUGCAAAAUCAAUUCCUGGAAUGCUUUAUACAGGAUAGACAAAAAUAAAUUAAGAUUCUUAUAAAUUAAUUCAAAAGUUUGGAACAAAAGAGAAUGAUUGGUAUCUUUAGGUAUCAGAUGGACAUGGGACAAAUGGACAUUAAGUAGCAUAAUUUGUAUAGGAAAUAUUGCCAGCAUAUAUAGAAUAGGAUGUAAUGGAGGCUCCAUAUUAUUAUGAUAGAGAUAAGUAAGAAAUUAUAUGAAUUAAUUAAGAACAAUAAAUAAUAUCUUUAAGUAAUCAUUUUUAAAGACAAAUGAUGAUUUAUUGAAUUCAGGCAUAGAUGUAACAUAUUCUGGAGCAACAACAGUAGUAGUAAUAGCAUUUGAAAAUAUACUUUAUUGUGCUAAUAUAGGAGAUAGUAGAGCAGUAAAAAGAAUGUUAAUAAAUAUAGAUAAUUGGGAGAUAUGAUACUAAAUUAUAAGUAGUAGAAUUAUCAAAGGAUCAUAAACCUGAUUGUUUUUUGGAAUAGGCUAGAAUACUUUAAAGAGGAGGACGUGUUUAAGCUUAUAGUGAUGAAGAUGGGAAUCCUAUAGGGCCAGCUAGAGUAUGGAAAUCAGAUGAAGAUGUUCCAGGAUUAGCAAUGUCACGAAGUUUUGGAGAUUAUGUGGCAAGUUAAGUUGGAGUUAUAUGUGAACCUGAAAUAAUAAAGCAUUAACUUUUACCAUCAGAUAAAUUCUUAGUAGUUGCAUCUGAUGGUAUUUGGGAGUAAUCUCUAUAAAUUAUAUCCAAGAUUUCUAUCAAAUGAAUGGGUCAUUGAAACUGUUAAUGAAUAUUAUAAAAAAGGAGAUGCAAUUGGAGCUUGUAAUAAAUUAACAUAAGCUGCUAAAGAAGCUUGGUAGAAGGAAGAUGAAGUGAUUGAUGAUAUCACAGUCAUACUUGCAUUCUUCAAGUGAAUUUUAUCUACAUAUUUAAGCGC